AUGGUGGUGUUCCUUCAGAGACUCACAAUUACUAGAAGCGUAACAAACAUCCGCUGGUGCCGCAAGCCGUGGGCCUGUUCUGGGCAACCUGCCAUAUCUGUUUCAUCUGGCCGUCGUUUAUCCACCAGUCCGCUAGUACACUGCGAGGAGUUCUUUCAAAAUACGUCACGAAGAUGGAUAUUCAACGAGGCCGACCGGUUAAACGAACGAUACGUCAAGUUUCGACCAACAGAGCUCCAACGGAUCGCCAGCGAGGUAGUACAACAAGACUAUGGCUCUGAUAUAACUAAGCUUGCAGAGGGAGGCUUCAACAAAGUGUUUAUUCUACGAGCAAAAAACGGUCAUGAGGUGAUUGCACGAAUUCCCACUCCUAUUGCUGGGCCUCCCCAUUACACAACUGCCAGUGAGGUGGCGACGAUGGACUUUUUGCGAGUUGUUCUCAAGUUGCCGGUGCCAGAGGUUCUGGGAUAUUCAACCACGUCGGACAAUCCCGUCGGAGCAGAGUACAUCUUGAUGGAGCGGGUAGAGGGGGAGAGUCUUUCCUCACGGUGGUUAUCCCUCACAACUGACGAGGUGAAAGACAUCAUGAAGCAAAUCGCAGAGAUGGAGAGGAAAAUAUUUGACUUUUAUUUUCCUGCAUAUGGAAGUUUAUAUUACAAGAAGGACCUCGACAGGGAAACCCAGAUACCAGUCACGGAAGAUUUUGUGAUCGGUCCUGUAUCUGCCCGGCAGUUUUGGUAUAACGAACGAAGCAAAAUGGAUAUUGACCGUGGGCCCUGGCUUUCACCCACAGAUAGUGUUACCUCCGCGGCUCGCCGAGAGAUAGCUAUCAUUCAACAACACGCCAAAGCUCAACCUCGCCAGACAUUCCUUCUACCAACUAACUACGACAUUCAUCCCUCCGAGCACAGCUCAUUACUUUCGCGAUUCCUACAGUUGGCGCCUCAUCUAAUCCAACCUGGUUCUUCCAGCGCUCCUACAUUGAGACACCCCGAUUUAAGUUUAGCUAAUAUUUUAUUGGCACCUGGGUCCACCAAGAUCAUCAGCAUCAUUGAUUGGCAGGAUGCUGUGAUAUUCCCGCGUUUUAUGCAAGCAGGUUAUCCCGCAUUUUGUGAGCAUGACUCCUCCAGGCCUCAAAGUCUGCAGAUUCCAUCUCUCCCUGAUCAUUUCGAUGAGAUGAGUAUCGACGAACAGAGACAAUCUAAAGCCAUUUAUCGCUUAGAAGAGGCCAACCUCUACUACACAGCCGCGACAGGCUUAUAUAAUGAGGAACAUAUGGAUGUUUUGAAAAUUCCGUAUCUCGGAAUGCUGCAGUAUCUUCUUCGCCAGACUGGGUAUCCUUGGGACGCGGACAUAAUAAACCUACGUGCUGCGUUGGUGGGUAUCACAACUCCGUCGGUAUGGAGCAAAAUCUCCUCAGCAGCUUGUCCAGUCGUGUUCAGUGAUGAAGAACGAGAGGCUGCUAUGGCGGAGUCGCAGGAAUGGAAUGAGUCUGAACAGCUACUGUCCCAGGUUAGACAACACCUCAAUAUCGACCUGGAAGGCGGGACCGACCCGGACAAAUUUGAGAGGGCAGUGGAAGGCAAUCUCCAAUUUCGAUUGGAGAUGGUUAGGCAGGCAGAGGCGGGCCAAGAAGAGAUCUGUUGGCGUAAUUGGCCGUACAAGGAUAAAGAGGAUGAUAGUAUGCCUCCUUAG